AUGGCACUACGACUAGUUUUACUUAUGGUUUUAACUCUCGUAGAUUUAACGCAUUCCUCAAAUAGCAGUCGUUCAGCCGUUGUGCAAUGUCCAGCUGGUGAACCGAUAUCAAAUUCUAUUGAUACAACAAUAACAGGCACAUUGGGUGCAAAUUUCACAUUUGACUGUAAACCUGGUUUCAGUAAGUUUGGUCCCACUGGAAAUAUGACUUGUGGGACAGAUGGACAAUGGAACAUAGACACUGCAUGUGAAGAAGUGCAAUGUCCAGCUGGUGAUCCGAUAACCAAUUCUACUGAUACAACAAUAGUAGGCACAUUGGGUGAAAAUUUCACGUUUGACUGUAGACCUGGUUUCAUCCCUCAAAAUUAA